AUGAAGUAUGGUGGAAACAGCAGAGUGGUUUCAGAGAAGAAGGCUAAAGCUUGGUGUGCUUCAAAGGGAAACAUUCCCUACUUUGAGACUUCUGCUAAGGAAGGCACCAAUGUGGAAGAAGCUUUCCAAUGCAUUGCCAAGAACGCUCUGAAGAGCGGAGAAGAGGAAGAGCUGUACUUACCAGACACAAUCGAUGUCGGGACAAGCAAUCAACAGCGGUCUACAGGGUGUGAAUGCUAA